AUGUUUAAUACAUUUUUUAUAUAAUUUAUAUAAAUUCUAUUUAUCCGGAAAUUCGGAAUCACGCAUUAGUACCUGAAAUAUACAAGAUGCUUAUAUUUAUCAUGACGAUCAUCGUUUCCGUGGCCGUGGCCGACGAAAAGGGGACAGCAAAACAGGAUAAACGUCAAAUAUCUUCGUACAAUGGCGGUUCUGCAGCUAUUGCACAGGCGUUACAAACGCCGCAGCCGACACCUGCUGCAGUUUCUGUCAAUAAUGCACCUUCGUAUCAGCCUAGUUAUUUACCAACUUGUGUAGUACAACCGUAUAGCAACACCAUUUUCUCGAAUCCAUCGGUACCCGUAUACCAGCCUCCAUAUUAUAACGGGCCCACCGAAUCGCUUGUACCACAAUACCAACCGCAGCAAUAUCCGAUCGCAUACCAGCCACCGCAAUAUCCGUUCACUUAUCAGCCAUCGCAAUAUCCGGCCACAUAUCAGCCAUCACAAUAUCCAGCCGUGUACCAGCCGUUACAAUAUCCAACAACGUACCAGCCAUCACAAUAUCCGGCCACGUAUCAGCCGUCACAAUAUCCAGCUACGUACCAGCCGCAGCAAUCUGGCCAGAGUCCGGUGCCUUAUUCGUACAGUUACUUCUCUUCAGCGGCCAACAACGCCAACAGCAACGCUCAGGUGUCCACCACCAAGAAGUAGUACGUGCUUUUAGAACAUUAAUCGAUCCCGAGAGGAUACCUAUACCUAGGUUAAUAAUACUGUCAUGCGUAUUUCUGUCAAAAUAUAAAUCAUAAUAAAUACAAACGGUUUUCAAGAGAA